AUGGCUGCAUCAAAAGCAGUCUGGGGUAUGCAACAACCAUCCAUGUUGAGUCAUCAAAUGGACUUGAGACGGAAAAUAUUUGAGCCAUCAUUGUCAAAGUAUUCUAUUGGGAAUUUUACAUGGAAAGUAGUUGCACACUACUAUCCAUUUGCUGAAAAAGUAGAAGAAGAAGAAGAAGAAAAGAUCACGUCAUUGGAUGGCUUGGUGGGUUUACUAAGAGCGGCAAUAGAGAAAACAAGAGAUGACAUUCUGCCAAAGCUACUGCAAGGAGAUGAUGGGGGGUAUGACGUAUUUAGUAAGUUUGUCCAAGAAUUAAGAGAAACUUGUCAGAGUAAUAAAAAUUUAAAUCCAUACACGUUUAGCAGUUGGUGCAAAAUUGGUUUCAAUGAAGUUGAUUUUGGGUGGGGAAAACCUACGUGGAUUAGUCCUGCUGGGGCUGGAAGAGUUAAUUCAAUUUAUAAGAAUACUGUUGUUUUGAUUGAAGCUGGAUUGGAUGAUAGAAUUGAAGCCUGGUUGACCUUGGAUGAGCGCGGAAUGGCUGUACUGGAACAUGAUCAAGAGUUCCUUGAGUUUGCUUAUGUGAACCCAGCUGUAAUUUUGUCCUAG